GUGGUUUUAAUCCUAUAUAUGCAUGUAGACAAUUCAUGUUUGCCAGCCAUAGCGUAGUAUAUGCAAAGACUAAAAGCUCUGUGUCACUGAGUUCAGUGGGGCUCUUGAUGUGUCUCAAGCUAAAAAGCCUUAUAAAACAACCAGCACUCUACUUUCCCUUACGAAGAACACACCAAUUGAUCUCAUUGUUCCAAAGUUUCACGGAAUCAAAUGGGGGAUCUCAUCUUCUCCUUCAAGACCCAGCAGGAACAUGGUCACCAGAGAGCAAAACACAACAAGAAGAGGUUAACCGAGGAGCAGGUUACCAUCCUUGAGAAAUGCUUUGCUUCCAACAUGAAGCUUGAGCCGGAGCAGAAGUUCCACCUUGCAAACCAACUUGCUGUUCCUCCAAGACAAGUUGCCAUUUGGUACCAGAACAAAAGGGCACGCUGGAAGACUCAGAGCCUUGAGAUGGACCAUGGUGUGCUUCAGGCAAAGCUUGAGAAUGUCAUGGCCGAAAAGAAGCAGCUCGAGAAAGAUGUCGAAAGGCUCAAAUCUGAGCUCAAGAAAGCCCAAGAGAUGCUGCUAAUUGGUGAUGUUGUCAAAGGUGGAAAAAAUAGCAAUAAUAAUAAUAAUAAUAAUGGUUCUUGCUGUGAGUUUUCGACUUCUUUGGAAGAGGGAGGGAGUUCUGGUGUGGUGCUUGAUGAUCAUGAGUGUUGGCAAAGUGGUGAGGUUAUGCAGGUUGAGGAGCUGUAUGCUUACUUCAUGGGUGCAAAUUAUGGGUCAGGCUUGCAUGAGAAAAGGGCAUAAAAUAUGGGAGAAUGAUAUUUUGACAACACUUUUUGACAACUUUUUUGA